CAAAACAUAAACAAGUCAGAAAUAACUUUGAAAGUAAUUUUUAAAUUAAAAAAUGAUUAAAAUUAAAUUAGUUGUGAUUUUAUUAAGUUUAAAUUUAUUAUCGACAUUUGCUGAUGAAGUUAAACUAUCGUUAUCAAAAGACGGAAAAGGAGAUAAUGCAACAUUUGUUGCUACAGAAGAAUGGCAAGAAAUUAAGCCGGGCCAAAAAGUCCCCCAAGGUCUUCAUUAUCGAAUGAACCUUCAAACAGGAAAGAAAGAAGCAAAACUUCUGGAUCCAAAUGAACAAAGCAGCAACAACGAUGACGACACCAGGCCAUCAAUUCCAACAUCACUUCAAGCUACACAAUCACAAAAUAACGAAGACUCAACAAACAUUGAAGAAAAUGCACGCCAGCGACUUGAAGAUGCACUGAAAAACAUUCCAGCUGACAAGUUUGACGACGACACUGAAGAAAAAUGGAAAGAAAUUUCAAAGAACUUUAGAAGCUAUGAAAAAAUCAAAGAAGAACUUCAAGAUGUUGAUUUGAAUCCAAAAACAGAAGGUGAAGUAAUGCAGCAGUUAGUUGAUGAAUUUUUUGAUGACAAAAUCGACAGCACAAGAAGAUUGGAAGUGCUGAAGGACUUAGAAUACUUAAUGCACUCAAUCGACAAUUCAUUACUGUUUAUUUCCAGUGGUGGACUUGAAAAAAUUUUAAUUCCAAAUUUGGUGAAUCAAACGGAUUUAAAUCUGCGAGUAGUUCUGUUGAAAAUGUUUGGUGCUAUGUUGCAGAAUAACUUACAGGCUAAAAAGUAUGUUAGUGAAAAAACUAAUUUAGGAAAUGAAAUUCUCAAUUCGAUGUCAAAAACUGAGAAUCUACAAGAACUGUCAGCUGCUUUGUAUGCCACUGGAAGUCUAAUGAGAAACAACAAAUUGUUAUCACCAGAAAUAUUAAAAAAAACUUUAGUAAUUCUUUUAAAAAUACUUACAAAAUCAUCAAUUAAUCUUAGCAUUAAAAUCAAAGACUUAACAUUAAUCUCAGACUUGAUCAGUGACCAAAAUUUUGAUGAAAAUUUUGUAGAAAGUCAAAAAGUGUGCAAUCAAAUUGCAAAAUUCUUUGAAGAGCACAGAAACUCGUUAAUAAUAGACACAGAUGCUGCUGAAAAAUGUGCAUCAUCACUUUUGAAUCUUCAAGUUUGCAAUCAAAAUUGGUCAGAAUUGCCAAUGUUUAGGCACACAUUGUUGGUUGUUAUGAACAAUUAUAAAAUAAGACUGAAUGAAGAAAGUGAUGAGGAUAUCAAGUUUGUGUAUUCUUUAGUUAUUGAGCAUUUUGAGAACUUGAAUGAAGAGCUAUAUGGAGAUUUAAAGAUAACUGAUGAUGACUUAACACCAAAAUAUCAAGAAAAUAUAAAAGAUGAACUUUAAAAACCUCAUUUAAAACAUUAGAAAAAUUAAUAAAUUCAACAUUUAUUUUGAUAGCUUUUUAGCUACUAAAAUCC